AUGGUUGGGGCUUUGGUUGGAAAGCUUGGUUUCGGUGGUUUCGGUGUUGGAUAUGACUGUAAUGGAACAGUUUACAAGGUGUUUGAUGAUGUUUCUUCUCUAUCACGAGCUAAGGAGACAUGGAGAAUCUUAGUGAAGGUUAUCAGGGCAUGGAAAGGUCAGAGAUUAAGUGGUAGCAAGUUAGCAUUCACUCUCGAGGUUGUUCUCAUGGACAAUAAGGAAUUUCACCUCAAGACAUCAGAGAGGGCCAUGCACACACAUGCUUCUUCAUCAUCGACACUUCAAUGCGAUGGUUCUCAUAAGCCAACAGGUAAAUCUCAUGGAUAUCAUUUAUAUGGGGUGCAGAUCAAGUUUAUUGAACUCAAGUUGGCAUGUGGGAUAUUGACAACUUUAGAUAAUCAAUAUGAAGAAUUGCGCCUAUCAAUAAUUGAGCUCUGCUUUGUUAUUAUGGAUCAGGUAUGGGCCUCUGGUUUCUCUGCAGCGUUUCUCAACAAGAAUAGGGUCUCUACAAAAGGACGUGUAUUCUUUGAUGAAUCCGGCAUUAAAGUAUCAAUUAGUAGUGAUGCAGCUGCAGGACCCAAAACUGCAGCAACAGAAGCAGCUUCGCUAUUGAUACCAAAGAAUUUUUUUGAGGUUAUUCUGUAUCUCCCAACUGUGAAUAGGAGGCUCUCUAAUUUUUUGAGCAUGUUAUCAACAAAGCAACCAAGUUGUCUGCAGUUAUACAUGUAUAGUUCUGCAGACAUGGUUAUAUCCGUUGUUUCAGUGGAAUCGUUUGUGGAGGCACAGCAUAGGGCUGGACAUGAUGUGAGGGCAUGCAAUUUUGUGUCCUCACCCCAUGUUGACCACUUUAGAAAUGAUCCAAAAUUGUAUACUUCUCAGCUAAGUAAAUUUCUAGAGGAGUGUGUUCAAUAAUUCUUUACAAUGCUUGGCUUAC